GCGACAAGCGGGCCGGAGCCACCCGGACAUACUUCAUCGUUGCACUCGUCAGGGGGGUCGGAUUGAGAGCAGAGCGACAUGGCGGACGAUGGUGAUGUUAGUCUGCUCGUUAUAGUGGUGGAUGUAAAUCCUAUUUGGUGGGGUCAGCAGAUCUUGAAGGAGUCCCAGUUCACCCUGUCGAAAUGUAUGGAUGCAGUGAUGGUAAUGGGAAACUCCCAUUUAGCCAUGAGCCGCAAACACAGACUGGCGAUCAUAGCAAGUCACAGUCAGGAGAGCCGUUUUCUAUAUCCAGGUAAACAAUGGAAAAUGGGAAACUUUGCAGAAAGUGGUGACAUCGGUUCCACAGAAUCAAACUGUUCUGGAAGUAAAGAUGGUAAAUACGAACUCCUAGCCAUUGGAAAUGACAUAAUCACAGAGGAAAUCAAAGAUCUAAUGUCAAAGACUGAAGUGAGAGCCCAACUUACAGAAACUUUAUUGGCAGGAUCUUUGGCAAAGGCACUUUGUUAUAUUCACAAGGUGAAUAAAGAGUUGGAAGUUGGGCAAGAGCUGAAUUCCCGAAUAUUGGUUAUUAAAGCUGCUGAGGACUCUGCUUCCCAAUAUAUGAAUUUUAUGAAUGUUAUCUUUGCAGCACAGAAACAGAAUAUUCUGAUUGAUGCAUGUGUUUUGGACUCUGAAUCUGGGUUACUGCAGCAAGCGUCUGAUAUAACUGGAGGGUUAUAUUUAAAAAUACCACAGAUGCUCUCACUCUCACAGUAUUUACUGUGGGUAUUUUUACCAGACCCUGAGCAGAGGUCUCAGCUUGUCCUACCCCCUCCAGUUCAUGUGGAUUAUCGAGCUGCCUGUUUCUGUCACCGUAAUUUGAUUGAAAUUGGUUACGUGUGUUCAGUCUGCUUAUCAAUAUUUUGCAACUUUAGUCCCAUUUGCACUACAUGCGAGACUGCUUUCAGAAUUGCUCUGCCACCUGUAUUGAAAACCAAGAAGAAGAAGCCGAAACUCUCAACACACAACUAUUUGACGAGCUGACACCAAUGAACAAGGAUCAUUCAGUUCGCCUUUCUCCUUUGGAGUUUCUUCACUUUUACCUGCUUCAAGUGUUUGGUGGAAUCAGUGCAAUAAUCCUGAUCCACAACAUCCCCUCUAUUACUUCUGUGAUACAACAGCAGGAGGAUUUCAUACUGUAACACAAAGUGUUAAACUUUUUAAAUUGUGUGGUUGAAAUAGGCACAAUUGUAAAACAUCCAUUUUUUUCAAGUUUCAUUGACCAAUUUGCUGUGUCACGUUUUGGAAAUUCUGAUGUAAUUUGCAGAUUAAAUACACGUGCAGAUUCUGCCCUGGAAAAGAUGUUAUUAGAAAUAAAAUGCAUUGGUUCCACUUCAAAA